CUGUGACAUCAUGGUGGUGGGCGGAUUAAAAGUGAAACCGGAUUAUAAGCCGGAGUUCUCCAUAAAUUCAUUCUGCCAUCACGCCGGAGUGACCUUGAAAGAAGGGGGCAACGUCCUUGUGCCUUGCUCCGCCAUUGGCUAUAUUUUCGACCUGAUUGAGAGUCUCUUCCAGAAUUUGGACUCCCUUCUUUUGACGUCAUUACAUGUUUAUAUAAUAUCGCCUGUUGCUAAAAAUAGCCUGGCCUACGCUAAUAUAUACGCUGAAUGGCUUUCAAAAUCGAAACAAUCAAAAGUCUACCAGCCAGAAUCACCAUUCUCCCACGCUGAGCUGAUUAGAAGCAACAGACUGCAUACAUAUGCAUCUCUUUCGGAGGGUUUCUGCAAAGAGGUCCGCCAUCCGUGCGUUGUUUUCGCGUGUGACUCCUCCCUCAGAUUCGGGGACGUCGUGCGAUUGGUCCACACUUGGAGGGGGGCUAGGAAAAAUUCCAUCAUGUUUUUAGACCCAAAUGUCAAUCAUUUGGAAGCAUUGAUGCCGUUUAACCCAGUUAACAUGACAGUUUGCAGUCUGCCGCUAAUCACUAAUUUGAACGUCAGUGAAGCCAGCAAGAUACUGGCCGACCUCAAACCGGCAAAGAUCAUCAUCAGCGAUCCAAAUUUAGUCGCGUCGUCGUCGUCAUCAUCGCUCGAUAAGGAUUUGUUUAUUGAAAAGGAUUUGAACCCGCUCCCUCUGGGUCCGGAUGCAGUCAUCAGAAUUUCUUUGAAAGUUGACAGAAGCCCUGUUAUUGUUAAAGGCAGACUGGCGACAAAAUUGAGGCCGGCGAGAACUUCUCAACAGAAAUCGGCAGUGGUCGCCUAUCUGAGUGGUGUCCUAACAAGAGGGGAUGGGAAGUACGUCAUAGACCUGCCUCCAACAAAGAAAUCGGUACCGAAUUCGGUAGCCAGUGUUUGUACUGCAACUACUACUGCUGCUGCUGCUGCUGCCGCUACUACUACGGCUGCUAUCAACGACAAUAAUGAUAAUAUUUAUGAUAAUAAAGACGAUGAUGACGGGUACGUUCGUUCUUUUUCGACUUUUGGCACCGUGAGAGAUUUGAAAUCUCUGGUUGAAAUGUUGCAAGAGCACUUCAAAGAAACUCCAUGCGUCCUUAUGACAAAGUCUUGCGUUAAAAUCAUCUUGAACAAUCCUGUAGUAUCAAUGAAGCUGUACGACGGUCAUUGCGACAUCCAGUGCAAAAAGAUCACAAAUACCAAUGACGUCAAAAAAAUAAUGAUGACGUUUUUAGAGAUGUGCGUGUGAUUGUUUUACUUAUUAUUAUUUAUUAUUAUUAUUUAUGAAUAUUAUUUUUAAAUAGCAUUUAUAGUAAAUCAAAAAAUUAUGGAGAAAAACCUCGUUCACAGCGUUAAACACUGACUUUUUUUUAUAUUUUUCUAUAUCUAUAUAUUAGAUAUAUGUUAUGUAUCUA